GGUGCUGCUGCUGCUUCUGUCUUUGCAUCAAUGAGCCUGUUGAUCAGAAAAGACCACUAGACUGGUAAUGACACGGUUCACUGAUCAGACCAGGAGAAAAUAAAACUCAGCUUUCACCUCCGUUCCUAUUUAAGCCGGACGUUUGCACAGAUUCUACCUCAGAUACCUGACUCCUGUCUGGUCCAACGGGCUGCGGGAUCCUACGAUGAUUUGGACUGCUGCGCUCCUGAUGAUUGUUGUUUCACACGCUGAUUCAGAUGACUACUGUUACAAUGAGCCACAUUGUGAUCCUUAUGCAUGGGGAGACACAUUCCCUUCAUGUCACCCCUUACUUGAAGAGCACCACUCUCCCAUCAACUUGGACCACCAGGUUAUCCGAAACGACUCUCUGGAGUCUUUAUAUCUGGAGGGCUUCGAUGCAAUCCAAACAGGCCACUGGACGCUUAAAAACGACGGACACUCUGUCGUGCUGCAGGUCGGCAGCGGCAUGUCAGUGAGUGGCGGAGGUCUUCCAGGCGUGUACCACACCAUCCAGCUACACUUCCACUGGGGAGGCCCCGCCACCAACGGCUCAGAGCACAUGGUGGACAGACGCAGAUACCCAAUGGAGAUGCACAUAGUCAACAUGAAGUCCAUCCAUCCAAAUCUGACUGCUGCCUUGGAUGAUCCAACAGGACUUGCUGUUCUCGGAUUCUUCAUUGAUGUUGUUUACGCAGACAACAUGCACUUUGGGCACAUAUCACAAAAACUAUCCUCUGUAGCUUACAAAGGCCAAAUUACUAAAAUCAAGCCAUUCCCACUGAUGAGCCUUCUGCCGAAGCACAGCAUGAGUCAGUAUUACCGCUAUUACGGCAGCCUCACCACCCCUCCUUGUUCUCAAGUGGUUGUAUGGACUCUGUAUGAAGUCCCCAUCUAUAUCUCAUGGUCCCAAUUGGCUCAGUUUACCUCGCAGAUCUUCUCCACAGAGGAGGACGCAGAGCAGGUGACACCUCUGCAGAACAACUUCAGACACAUCCACCCCACCUUCAGUCGCAUUGUCUCUGCAUCUAAAGAUGCCAUACUCCUCACAGGGACGGCCAGUCGUCCCCUCGUGUUGGCUGUGUCAGCGCAGCUGCUUCAAAUCAUUCUGCUGGGAAGCUUCAUCUCUGGACUUUAACGCUGCGUUAGGUCCAAAUCAUGACACAUGAAAACUCUACAAAGAUUAAUUCAUGAGAGGAGGCACAGUGUAGAGUUUUCACAUCUGUAGAGAUGCUCCAGCAACAAAUAAAUAUAAAAAACAAACUGUGAAGAAGAGUACUGUAAUAUGUUGAACUGUCACUAAAUCUUUCAUGAUUGUGCCCUGCUGUCUCUGACUCCAUUAAUGCUUUACUAACAAUUUAAAAUAAUGUGAAUGGACCAAUUUAUGACUGUAGGCCUUUUGAUUUAUACAGUAGCUUGUUCUUGAAAAGGCUGGAGGUAGUUUUCAUUUGACUUUGGGUCUGAGAUUAUUUGUAGCUCAACAAAUAUUACAAAAUUAAGUGUGAUAAUAGUGAAAGACAAAGGAUAAAAACUUAAAAACAAGACAAAGAGAACAUAGUUGUGCUAGCAGGUUAAAUGCUACAGAUCAUGCUAACAUGUUAAUGCUUGUUCACUGUGUUAGUUGCUUAUUAGCAAUAAAAAGAAAUAAAAAAUACAUUUGAGGCUGAUGGGAAUGUCAUGACAGACAAAAUAAAAAUUUGACCUGAUGGUGGCACUAGA